AUGCGCGCAGCGUGUAUUAGGGCAGCUAGCACUGCUAGCCGCCUCACACGAUCGUCGUGUGUCGCCCAGCUACCGCGUCCCCAGCUCGCGGGCACGUCGUCGCGCGCCAUCGCAUACCAAACCCUGCAAACUCUCCAAAAGCGCGGGUUCCAGCAGCAGGCGCCAAAUGCACAGCAGGCGGCCGCAGCCGUCGAAGCCGCAGACGAUGUAUUCGACACCCCGCCCCAGCAGACCGACUCGGCGAGACCCUUCGAUGCGCUCGACACGUUUCCCCGCCGUCACAUUGGGCCGUCUGCCGAGAGUGCGGAAGCCAUGCUCAAGGCCCUGGAUCCGCCCGUCGCCAGUCUAGACGAGUUUGUCCGCCAGGUUAUACCCGCUGAUAUUCUGUCGGCGCGCGAGUUGAAGAUUGGCAGCAUGUCCGAGGGGCUGAGUGUGGAGGAGUGGCAGGCCCACGGUGUGCCCGAGUCCGUCUUCCUCAACACCGCGAAGCAGAUUAUGAGCCAGAACAAGCCGGGCAAGAGUCUGAUCGGACAGGGAUACUAUGGCACCAAAGUCCCGGAGGUCAUCAAGAGGAACGUCCUCGAGAACCCCGCGUGGUACACUAGCUAUACCCCAUACCAGCCUGAGAUCAGCCAGGGACGUCUCGAGUCGCUGCUGAACUUCCAGACUAUGGUCUCGGAUCUGACUGGCCUGAGCAUUGCAAAUGCAUCGGUGCUGGAUGAGCCUACUGCGGCGGCCGAGGCCAUGACCAUGUCCAUGGGCAUGAUGCCUCUGUCCAAGCAGAAGAGCAAGAACAAGACUUUCCUCGUGUCUGAGAGGUGCCAUCCCCAGACUCUCGCCGUUCUUUACUCGCGCGCCGAGGGCUUUGGUAUCAAGAUUGAGGUCGCGGAUGUGCUCAAGGACAACAGCAAGAGGGUGGAGGAGCUGGGCCAGGAUCUCGUCGGUGUGCUCGCUCAGUAUCCAGACACCGACGGAGCUGUCAACGACUUCCGCGGACUCGCUGACAAGGUGCACAAGACUGGUGCGCUUUUCAGCGUUGCGACCGAUCUCCUCGCCCUCACACUGCUUACUCCACCGGGAGAGUUCGGUGCCGACAUCGCCUUCGGAAACGCACAACGGUUCGGUGUGCCCCUGGGUUAUGGUGGACCGCACGCGGCCUUCUUCGCCUGCGACGAGAAGUACAAGCGCAAGAUUCCGGGCCGUCUGAUCGGUUUGUCGAAGGACAGGUUGGGAAACCCUGCGGCACGACUCGCGCUGCAGACCCGAGAGCAACACAUUCGCCGUGAGAAGGCUACUAGCAACAUUUGCACGGCACAGGCUCUAUUGGCAAACAUGAGCGCUAUGUACGCUGUGUACCAUGGACCCAAUGGCUUGACUGCCAUCGCCAAGCAGGUUGUUGCAAAGGCUCGCACGAUCCAGCAAGCGCUCAUCGCCAAUGGCUACAAGACUGGCCAGCGCGGAAAGAUGGACAACGCACCUGUCUUGUUCGACACAGUCGUUGUCGAGACAGGCGAUAAGACCGACGCCAUCAUCUCCGCACUCGCGAAGAACGAGAUAUUCGUACGAAGGAUCGACGCCCAUCACGUCGGUAUUUCCGUUGAUGAGACCACCGGUGCAAACACCAUCAACAAGGUAUUGAAUGUGUUUAACGGAACUCGGAACGACUGGUCUUUUGCCGAAUCCGUCGACAUUGAGGUUCCCGAGCCGUUCAAGAGGACCAGCGAAUUCAUGACCCACCCAGUCUUCAACUCGCACCACUCCGAGACUGAGCUUCUUCGCUACAUCAACCAUCUGUCUUCGAAGGAUCUUUCUCUAGUACACUCGAUGAUUCCUCUUGGAUCCUGCACGAUGAAGCUCAACUCCACCGCAGAGAUGGCACCUGUCUCGUUCGAUACCGUUUCCAACCUGCAUCCCUUCUUGCCUUUGGACCGCGCCACCGGAUACUCCGACAUGAUCAAGCAGCUGGAAGACGACUUGGCCGACAUUACAGGUUUCCACUCGGUUUCGCUACAGCCCAACUCUGGUGCUCAGGGUGAGUUCACUGGUCUCCGCGUCAUUCGCAAGUACCUCGAGCAGCAGCCUGGCAAGAAGCGUGAUAUCUGCUUGAUUCCUGUCUCAGCCCACGGAACGAACCCUGCUAGUGCUGCAAUGUGCGGUAUGCGUGUUGUACCCAUCAAGUGUGACCAAGCGACUGGUAACCUGGACAUGGCCGACUUGAAGGCCAAGUGCGAGAAGCACAGCGAAGAGCUCGGUGCCUUCAUGGUUACCUACCCCAGCACUUUCGGUGUGUUUGAGCCUAGCGUCAAGGAGGCUUGCGACCUGAUCCAUCAGCACGGCGGCCAAGUCUACAUGGACGGCGCCAACAUGAACGCACAAAUCGGUCUCUGCUCACCCGGCGAGAUCGGCGCCGACGUCUGCCAUCUCAACCUUCACAAGACCUUCUGCAUUCCCCACGGAGGCGGUGGCCCCGGUGUAGGUCCCAUCGGAGUAAAAGAGCAUCUCUCGCCCUUCCUCCCCGGUCAUCUCCGCGGCGAAACCGGCGGCGCCCAAGCCAUCCACCCAGUCAGUGGCGCACCCUGGGGUAGCGCCAGCAUCCUACCCAUCAGCUGGGCCUACAUCAAGAUGAUGGGCGCCGUUGGCCUCACCCAAGCCACCAAGAUCACCCUCCUAAACGCAAACUACAUCCUCUCCCGCCUGAAGCCGCACUACCCCAUCCUCUACACCAACGACGAAGGCCGCUGCGCCCACGAAUUCAUCCUCGAUGUCCGCGGCUUCAAGGAAACCGCCGGCGUCGAAGCUAUUGAUAUCGCCAAGCGCCUCCAAGAUUACGGUUUCCACGCUCCCACUAUGAGCUGGCCUGUUGCCAACACCCUCAUGAUUGAGCCUACCGAGUCGGAGAGUAAGGCUGAACUAGACCGUUUCUGCGACGCGCUCAUUAGUAUUCGCAAGGAGAUUAAGGAGGUUGAGGAGGGUCAACAACCCAAGGAGGGUAACGUGCUCAAGAUGAGUCCGCAUACGCAACAGGAUCUUAUCACGGGAGAGUGGCAGAGGAGUUAUUCUAGGGAGAAGGCGGCGUAUCCUCUCAGCUACUUGAAGGCGAAGAAGUUCUGGCCUAGUGUUGCGAGGUUGGAUGAUGCAUACGGCGACACAAACCUCUUCUGCACUUGCGCGCCUGUCGAGGGCGAGGAUAGCGAUAUCACGGGUGCUGCUGCGCCUACCCCGACCUAA